AUAGUAUUUUUCAUACGGGCACACUAAUUGCAGCAGAGAAGUCGAAAUAUAAGCAGCUAAGUGCGUUUCAUCAUCAAUUUAUGUCGGUUGCAGUUGAACAAUUUGAAACUUUUAUCAGCGAGUGCAGUCAAUUGCCAGAAACAGAACCGUAAUCAAGGCAGAUAUACGAGUUCUGCACGAAAUUAAAUAAACAAAGGCCGCCAGGCAGGGCAUAUCAGGCAGCGCCCUCGAAUCAGGGAACGAGAGUGACAGACAGACGUGUUACGGCUGGAAAAUCUGAGAUCCGCCAGAAGGCGACAAGUUUCUCUUGUUGCUGUGCGGUUCCUAAAAGUACUCAAAAUUGAUAGAAACACCAAAAAGGUUGCUGCCACUGGUGCCUCAUCCGAGGACCAGCCGCCGCGCAAAAAGGGUCGUCGUUCAGGAGCCUCAUCAGCUUCAACCUCAGUUUCUGUCGUUUUGGACACCACUACUUCAGCUACAGUGCCGCCAGUAGAUGCGGCAUCCACAUCGAGAGCGGCCCUUCUAUUACAACAGCAACCCCAACAACAAUUAAACUCAAAUUUGACAGGUUCAAGCUCAUCAAUCAAGGGCAGCAGCGACUCAACUCAGAUCAGUGAUAACAGCGUGGAGACAUCCACAUCGGCUAGCAGAGUGCAACAAUCUUCAUCUUUAACGCCUCCAGGCGGUAACAGCAGCAGCAGCAGCGGUAGCAGCAAAAAAACAAAAGCCAGUAGCAGCAGCGACAGCAGCACAAGCAAAUCGCACAGCAACGAGUGCAACAAUUCUGGAUCGAUUAUGCAGAACACAUCUUCCACAUCGACCGGCUCCAGUUCCAGGGCUACAGCAGAUGUUUUGACGCUAAAUUCCGGCGGCGGCAGUACAGAGAAUGUUAGCCCUGAUACGACUGGUGGUGGUGGAAGUGGCAAUGACAAUCCCGCACCUGCUGACGACCAUCCAUCCGGCAGCAGCACCAGAAAUGGUCACGAUGCCAAACAAAACGGUUUUGCUGUCAAUAACAAUGGCAGCUGCAUCGUGGAUGGGGAGAAUAAUCGGGAUAACAAUACCAGCUACCGGGGUGUUCAGUUGGACAAGUCCAAUCAAGAGAUCAUACGCUUGAUUGGCCAGUAUCUGCACGACGUGGGACUCGAUAAGUCCGUCAAGACACUGAUGGGAGAGUCCGGUUGUUACUUGGAGCACCCAUCAGCGACCAAGUUCCGGGAGCAUGUGUUAAAGGGGGAUUGGGUGAAGGCAGAUCUAGACCUCAAGGAUUUGGAGCCUCUGAUAGAUAAUGGAAAACUAUCAACGAUAACUGAAAUGAAAUUCAUAUUACUAGAGCAAAAGUAUUUAGAGCAUUUGGACGAUGCCAAUCCGCUGGACGCACUGCACGUUCUGCGCAGCGAGUUGACACCAUUGCAGCACAACAUAUCGCGUGUGCAUCAGUUGUCCUCGUAUAUGAUGUGCUCCACCAAUCAGGACCUUUAUCAGCGAGCCAAGUGGGAGGGCAAGGGCAUCGUGUCCCGGGCCCUUGUCAUGGAGCGCCUGCAAACGUUCAUGCCGCCUUCGGUGAUGAUGUCGCCGCGCCGGCUGCGCACCCUACUGCAGCAGGCAAUAGAAUUACAAAGCCAACACUGCCCCUGUCACGACAUGGCGUGGGAGACUAAUUUGCAAACGGUUUCGUUGCUCACCGACCACUGUUGCACCACAGAUGGAUUUCCCAUGCAGACAAUACAAAUCCUGACUGACCAUUGCGACGAGGUUUGGUUCUGUAAAUUCUCUCCCGAUGGCCUUAAGUUAGCUACAGGCAGCAAGGACUCGACUGUGAUUAUUUGGGACGUAGACCCUUACAAGCUCACGCUCAAGCACCGUCGCGUCCUGGACGGGCAGGCGCAGCUGAGCGUCAGCUUUGUCAGCUGGAGUCCCGACUCCAAGCUCAUUUUGGUGGGCGGCACCGAGGACUCGCAUGAGAUUUACAUCUGGAAUGUGGAGGACGGCAAGCUGUUUGUUAAGUUCUCCCAGUCUCUGGAGGACAGCCUUGCCUGCGGUGCCUUCAGUCGCGAUGGCACUCGCUUCGUUUGUGGCGGCCAAAAGGGUCAGCUCUACCUGUGCGAUCUAAAUGGCACCAUUGUUGACUCCUGGGAGGGAGUUCGUGUGAACAGCAUAGCCUUUCGAGCUGACAAUAAAACAAUAUUGGCGGCCGAUAAUCAUUAUCGCAUCAGAGGCUACAACUUUGAUAGCCCACGCUCGGACUUUGAUAUACUGAGAGAGCCGCAUCCGAUUAUGACUUUUAGCAUCAACUCUGCCGAUCGCUUGGCGUUGUUGAAUGUAUCCAAUCAAGGCCUUCAUCUUUGGGACAUUGAGGACAAAUGUCUCGUGCGACGUUUCCAGGGGAUACGCCAAAGCAAUUUUGCCAUCCAUUCGUGUUUCGGCGGCAUCAAUGAGAGCUUCGUGGCCAGCGGUAGCGAGGAUAAAGUCGUAUAUAUCUGGCACAUUAAGCGCGAAGAGCCUCUGGCCAAGCUGGCUGGCCACACAAAGACGGUGAACUGUGUGUCGUGGAACCCGGUUUAUCCGUCAUUGCUGGCUAGUGCCAGUGACGAUGCCACCGUUCGCAUUUGGGGACCAAAGCCGAAUGGAAGCAAUGCAACGACAGAGAGCGACGAUUGCUCCUCCAGCUCGUCCUCGUCUUCGUGGAAUAUGACUUAGAAGAUGAUUAGAUAUUGGAUGCUGACCUAGUAAUAUUACGCUAUAAUUUCGAUAUAAAUGCAAAGUUUGUCCUGCCCCCAAAUUGUGCGUCAGUGUCGUCGUUGCUACAAACUGCCAUUACAACAAAAUGUAUGAGCAGCAUGACUUACGAUUAGCAUUAAUGACUUACUUAAGUACAUUCAUACGAAAGGAGAUACUUUCUCCGUAUAAGCAAACAACAAAUCAACCAAUUCAAUUCGUUCUCGGAUUUUCGUCUUUUAUACCGAUAUUAACAAAUGCAAAUUAAUUUUUUUUCUGACUUUUAUUAUCAAUUGUACUUUAGCUUCUCAAUUUAACUCAUGAAAGUGGUCAACCUCCUGUUUGUUUUAACCUAAUUCGUCAUUUGAUUAUUAUAAUGUUUUAACGCAGUUUCUCCAACAUUUAGUAUGUAAAACGAUUUGACGUAUUUCAAAAUAACUUACAUACCCCCCAAAAACAAUAAAAAUAGUUCUAUAUAUGUUUUUAA